UGGCAAUGAGAUUUGGCUAACUCUCGCUUUUGAUACGCUAUUACCAAUUCGCACAAAAUAUAUAUAGCAUUUAGUAUCCGCUUGCUCCGGUCUUCUUUGUCUUCCUGAACAUCGACGUCACUGCCCAUACCAAGUUUGACAAUGCUCGCCACUACCCUCUCCCUCAUCGCCCUGGCCAUGCCAGGAGCGUCUGCUAUGACGCAAGCCAUGGAAGUCAAGCACGCGCUCUCUUCCGUCCCAGCCGGCUGGCAGCACAAGCAUGCCGCUGCCGACGACGCAAAGCUUACUCUGCACGUUGGUUUGAAGGAGAACAACCUCGACAAGCUGCAGGAGCGUCUGCUUGAGAUCAGCGACCCUUACCACGGUGAUUACGGAAAGCACUUGACCCGACAGGAGAUUGAGGCUCUUACUCGCCCCAGCGAUGAGACCAUCUCCAACGUCCAAGCGUGGCUCAAGUCUCACGGAGUGACUGUUGAUGGCCCUGUCAACAGCGGCUUCCUUAAGAUUCGCGCCACUGUCGAGCAGGCCAACAAAAUGCUCGAUACUACCUAUGGUGUCUUCCAUAACGAGGCCCGAAACAGAAGCUCGCUACGCACUACUAGCUACAGUGUGCCCGUUAGCCUGCGCAAGCACAUCACCACCAUUCAGCCUACAACGCUGUUUGCCAACAUGGUAAUGACACCAAGUGAGGGUGCAUUGGCAGCCAGAGACAAUGCCAAGGUUGACAACCGUGCUGCUGGCACCUGUUCAAACGGCGUCGUUACUCCCGCUUGCAUCAACAAGUCGUACAACAUCACCUACACUCCUACCAGCAAAAAGUCCCUCCUCGGUGUCACUGGCUUCUUGAAUGAGCAUGCGUCCCAGAGCGACCUAACCAGCUUCCUCAAGACGUAUGGCCCCUCCGGCUCUGCAAAGGGCAACUUUUCUGUUGAGCUCAUCAACGGAGGCACCACGAGCGACGUUGGUACCGGUGAGGCUGACCUUGAUAUUCAAUACACGGUUGGACUUACCUGGCCCAUGAAGAACGUCUUCCUUUCCACUGGCGGCGAGCCACCAUACGACCCUAGCCAGGACAACCCCGAUAACGGCAACGAGCCGUACCUCGAUUUCCUCAGCUACUUGGCUACCAAGGAUAACAUCCCCCAAACCAUCAGCUCGUCUUACGCCGAUCAAGAAUUGACUGUCCCUCAAGACUACGCCGAGACAGUCUGCACCCAGUUCAUGAAGCUUGGUGCUCGCGGUACCACAUUCAUUGCCGGCUCUGGUGACGGCGGUGUUAGCGGUGCUCAACAAACCGACUGCCACCAGAAGGAUGGCAGCAUCGGCUUUGUCCCUACUUUCCCCUCCACAUGCCCUUGGAUCACCUCGGUUGGCGGAACGAACCCAGGCAGCACUGAAACAGCUGAUAGAAUUUCGACUGGUGGCUUUUCCAACUACUUCCCCACGCCCGACUACCAGGCCGCUGCCGUCAAGGGAUACUUGGCCACAUUGGGCAACACCAACCAGGGUUUGUACAAUGCAUCAGGCCGUGGAUUCCCCGACGUCGCUGCGUUCUCCGAGGGCUUCCGCAUCGUUCUUAAAGGUCGUGACGUCGGCAUUGGCGGUACCAGCGCCGCGACUCCUACCUUUGCCGCUGUCGUAGCUCUUCUCAACGACUACUUGCUCUCCCAGGGCAAGCCUACUCUCGGUUUCCUUAACCCCUUCCUCUACAGCAAGGGAGUCGCUGGUCUGAAGGAUAUCACCAGUGGUCACAGCUACGGCUGCGGUACCAAUGGCUUUUCAGCAGUUAAGGGAUGGGACCCCAUUACUGGUCUAGGAACCCCCAACUUUGGCAAGCUUAAGUCCCUUGUCUAAGAGGCGGUCGAUCUUGGGACAAGUAUACGUACAGAGGUGACUGUCACAUGU